GGAAAAAUGAAAAGAAAAUUCAAAUAUUAAUUGGACUAAAGCCUAAAAGUAAUGGGAACUGCAGUCCUAUCAACAUCAUAAGCGGCAAUAAAUAGUAGUAGACUCAUGCUCGAGGAUAUCCCAUCGCAUACAAGAUUGAGAGAGAGACCAAAACAGAAAAAAUGGAAUUUGUACAACAAAUGAUUGCUGCUGCUUUAAUGCUAGUGGUGGUGGUGUACACGCUUAAUAUUCUAUACUGGGCCUACAUCAGGCCCAAGAGGCUUCAAGGGCUACUGAGGAAACAGGGUCUUAAGGGGAAUCCUUACAGAUUUCUCCACGGUGACUUGAGAGAGUUGAAGCUUAUGUUGGAGGAAGCCAAGUCAAAACCCAUCAGUCUUGAUGAUGAUAUCAAGCUAAGAGUCUUCUCCUUUUUUCUCAAAACUAUUGACAAGUAUGGAAAUCAAUCCUUUUUCUGGUUCGGACCUCGACCGUCAGUUAUUUUAACGGAUCCCGAACUUAUUAAGGAGGUUCUGACCAAGAUUAAUCUGUAUCAUAAGCCGAGGAGCUCGAAUCCACUAAGCAGGUUACUUUUACAAGGACUUGUGUCCUACGAAGGAGAAAAAUGGGCCAAACACAGAAAAUUAAUCAACCCCGCUUUCCAUUUAGAGAAACUGAAGCUCAUGAUACCGGCCUUCUAUUUGAGUUGUGAGGAAGUUUUGCACAAAUGGGAGACUAUUCUGUCAGCCGCAGAAGAAGGGUCGUGUGAGGUGGAUGUUUGGCCGUAUCUGCAAAAUCUAACUAGUGAUGCAAUAUCACGAACUUCGUUUGGUACUAGCUAUGAAAAGGGCAGAAGAAUAUUCGAACUUCAACGAGAGCAGGCUGAACUCAGCUUGAAGGCUUCGCGGUCCAUUUAUAUUCCAGGAUGGAGAUUUUUGCCGACAAAAAUGAACAAGCGAAUGAAAGAAAUCGAAAAAGAAGUUCAAUUCUUGAUACGAGGUCUCAUUAACGAAAGGGUCAAGACAAUGAAAGCAGGGGAGUCGAGAGGCGAAGACUUGCUUGGCAUAUUGUUGGAGUCCAAUUUCAGGGAAAUCGAGCAACACGGGAACAAGAAUUUCGGGAUGAGCAUAGAUGAAGUUGUGGAAGAGUGUAAGCUAUUCUAUUUUGCAGGUCAGGAGACCACCUCAGUGCUUCUCGUGUGGACAAUGGUUCUAUUGAGCAGAUUCCCAGAGUGGCAGACGAAAGCUCGAGAAGAGGUUCUUCAAGCCUUUGGGAAUCAAAUUCCGGAUUACGAUGGCUUGAAUCACCUCAAAAUCGUGACCAUGAUUUUGAACGAGGUCUUGAGGCUAUAUCCGCCAGUAGUUGCCCUCGGUCGAUAUGUGACUGAGGAAACCAAGUUGGGGAGAUUGACUUUGCCAGCUGGAAUUCAGCUCACAAUACCGAUUAUCUUAUUACAUCACGACCGUGAAAUUUGGGGUGACGAUGUGAUGGAGUUCAAGCCAGAGAGAUUUAGCGAAGGGGUGUCCAAGGCACAAAAGGGAGGGCACGGGAUUUUCUUCCCUUUCGGGUGGGGCCAAAGGAUAUGCGUCGGGCAGGCGUUUGCGAUGGUCGAGGCGAAAAUGGCACUUGCUAUGAUCCUGCAGCGCUUUUCAUUUGAGCUCUCGCCAACCUAUGCACAUGCUCCGUACUCCAUUAUAACCACACAGCCUCAGUAUGGUGCUCAUUUGAUCUUACAUAGCCUCUAGGUGUGGAUCUGUUUGGAGACCUGUGUUGAAUAGCAUCUUGUUUUUUGAUGUUUAACCUUUUGGCUAUAAUUUCGACCGAGAGUCGUAUAUGUUGUCCUGCGUCGAAAAAUAAAUGCACUAGAUUUAAGAUGAUGUUAUGCGUUUGUUUGUAUACUGAAAGUUUGACUUUGUUAUGGACUUGUUUACGCUUUUAAUGAGAAUUAUGUUUAGUCAAUCUGUUUGUAUUUUCUUUAUGAUAAAUAGUGGUGCGAAUUGUUCAUAUAUAUUAUGUUGUAGAUGAUAUAGUUCUCCGUGUUGUACGGGUAAGUCAUAU